AUGUCGGCACUCGCACUCGCAUGUGCGCACAAUGUGAUUUCAAAAUAUGAUUCAAUGUUCCGGGCUCAGCUUAACGUAGGACUGGAGAGAGUCUCCUCGACAAGUCCGACGAGGCACAGGCACAAGCACUGGGGCUAUGGUGCGGCUUCACUGUCAGUGGCGGCGUGGAUUGUGGCGCGGGUUGCAGUUGCCAGGCUAGGCAGAAACACGUCAACUGGUCAGGUUGAAGUGAGGCUGACAUUGAAAAGGUCCUAUGAGCCCAAGAACCUCCAAGGUUGUCGGAGCCAAAACCUCGACUGCUCAGUCCUUGUCAACUUCACGCACCCAUCGCACAACCCAUCGAACCGCAACCCCGGACGGGAGGGCGUAAGCCUUAUUCCUAAUUCGACGGGGGAACGGAUCGUCCCGAAAUAUACCAGAACUGUGCCCAAUCAUUACGAUUUUUGUUUCCUCUGUCCGCUAGCUGCAGAUGCGCUAAACUGCAUUUCUGCUAUGGCGCGUCUCACAACAGCGGCUCACAACAUACUCCGCCGCUCACUAGCCAAGCCACUGAGACAGAAGCCAGACUUCUAUUGCUCUUUGUCUUGUGAGAAGACAACGUCGACUUCAUCCCACCCUUGUGGGUGGAGCGCCGGUGCUUAUCCAGUGCAUACGAAAUGA